AUCUACAUCUCCACCAAAUUUCACUGUCAAACUCCUUCUAUUUCUCCGCGAAUCGACGAAUUUCUGCCCGAAUUUCCGCUCCUGUUCGUCGAGUUCAUCCUGACCGGCACUACCGGCCGGACGACAGCGGCAGUGCCGGCCUCCGCGUUGACCAUCUCCACCUCGCCGCCGCCCUGCUCUCGCCUUGCGCCGCCCGCGCUCGCCCUCCUCCCGCUGCACAGCCAACAGCCGCCGCCAGCUACCACCGCCCUCCGGCCCGCUCGCGCAGCAGCAGCAGCGCCACACCACCACGACCGCCCGCAUCCGCUCGAGCAGCGAGCGCACGAGCCACGCCCAGAGCCGACGCCCACCACCGCGCCUGGGCCCACGCCCUGCCUCCGCUCGCCGAGCCGCAUCGCCAACUUGAGCCCGGCCGCCGCGCUCAAACACCACCAGGCCGCCUCGCCUCCGGCCCAACCACCACCACGCCCGAGCGCCACUUCCGCGCCGCCGCAGCUCGGCCACCGCUCCCGCCGCGCGCCAAGCAACGCGCCGACCUGCCCCAAGUUCCCGCAGCCACCAGCCUUCGCCCCGCUCCCUCGCCGGCUCCUUGCUUCCGCGCAGGUCAACCAACCGGGCAGUGCCGCAUAG